GUGACUAGGCAGCCUAAGAGCUGUUAUGCAACCACUGACCUACUAACACAUAUUUCUAGAAAGGGAGCCGAGAAACUAGAGCAAAGUGUCCAGCAUCGUACCACACACAUCCAGCCCGAGCCAAGAGACGGAAACAGCAAUCCACCCGACCCACUGACUCAACCACAACUGAUCGAGCAACGACAGGAACAGGAGAGGAAACUUUUUGUCCUUUUUGGAAAGCUUUCUUUGCGCGGAAUUAAAGGAAGACACAAGGAGCGAGACUCGGCUUUUGUGUCCGGGAAGCCUGAUUUUUUCUUCCCCUUCCUCCUCCAGGACAUAUAAAGUGGUCAGCAAAGAGCAGAACUGAAUCUGUAUCCUCAGGGAUCAGCAAAGUAGUCCUCCUGACAUACUUCCUCUGAAGACAGACAUCACAGCUCAACUAAAGAUUGCGGAAGACGCAGACAAACUCUAAAUCACCUCCAGCGAGACUGCUUUGAGGCAAAGACGUUUGGCCUAAAAUACAAUCUUGUAUUUUUUGGUUUCUUGUUCAAAACACUAGUUCAAUGUCUGAGGUGUUUGUGGAGUUCCACCUCUUUUUAAUCUUCUUGGCUAGUUUGGACACUUGAACAUUUUCAUUUAGAAAACAAGAAAAGGAAAUCAAUGAGGCGAUCCCUUCAAGGAGCACAAAUACCUCAUCAACAAGUUUUUUCUGAUCCUGGGACAUAAGUCAAACUCCUAAGUGAAAAAGAAAUUACAUUUUUUCCUCUUCAACCCCUUGCCCUUUGCUAGAGUUACACUCUGGCCACCAGAAUGGAAAGUCUGAGUUUACACUUACCAUCUACCAACAACAAAAACGCCAUGGAGAUAGACAACUUAUCCUCCUACAGCGGAAGCCUCCCAUCUCCUAAUCCUGAUGAUCCUGAAGCACGGAUCGGCCGUCAGUCUAAAGGUUCAAAAGCUAAUUUGAGCUGCCGUCGCAAGAGAGAGUUUAUAUCCGAUGAGAAGAAAGAUGCUUCCUAUUGGGAAAAGCGGAGAAAGAACAAUGAAGCAGCUAAGCGCUCAAGAGAAAAACGUCGCCUGAAUGACAUGGUGCUAGAGAACCGUGUCAUGGCACUGAACGAGGAGAAUGUUCGACUCAAAACUGAACUCUUACAGCUCAAGUUGCGCUUUGGCCUCAUCAGCACAGCUUCCUACAUGGAGAAAAGUCAGCAGAUCUCCAACAGUGUUGCUAAUGCCAACAGUAGUAGCAAUGGGAGCAGCACCAAUGGCACCCCGAACAGUCAUGCGUACCACUCUAGCAGCGGCUACUCCAGUGCUUCCCAGGUCAUGCUGAAUUCGGACUCUUCUGAAACAGAACAGUCGAGCCGUGGAGAGCGCCACAACACGCUCCACAGUUACUCUCCCCGGGGCUCUGUCUCUGACAUGUCUGACGCCUCCUCCAGGGGCUGUAGCCCAGAACCUAUGGGCUACAGCAUAAAGACCGAGCCCUCAAGUAUGGAGAUGGCCAGACUGGAAAGAAACGGGAUGCCUAAUGAGAUGUCUAGUGAGACUUACCAUGGAAACCACACUGAUCACCAGCAGAACACGCAAUUGGCUGAAAGUGCCAUGGACUACCAGCAACAGCAGCAACAUUGCCACAUGGAGGCCUCCAGCCAAGCCCCUCAGGCCCCCUCUGCACAGAGGAGUGUCAUCCUGUAUCGUUCCAGCAGCGGCUGUUACCCAAUGGAGAGCCAGAGGCUAGAGGACCAGCAGACCCAGCAGAGCAGAACUGUACAGCACACCUCCAACACAAAGUUCUCGGACUGCUCAGUGACCAUCACAGAGGUCGCUGAGAAGUUGGAGAGGACAAAGACCAUGGACUCGCCUCAGUAUGAAUACACAAAUGAUCAUGCUGAGUCCGCAGAGGAGCUUCAACAAAGGUACAAUGCCAACGCUCAACAGCAGUGUGAGAACCAUCGUGUGCAAUACAGCUACCAGGGUCAUGAAAGUAGUCUUCAGCAUGCAGGGAACCACCAGAACCCCUUUGCCCCCGAUCUGAUCCACAACACUGAAGAGGGAAAGUCUUCCUUCCCACAGCACAACGGCUACCUCAACACACUGGAUGAAGAGCCCCCAGUGCUUACCUAUGAGGGAGGCUCUAGAGCCGAUGGUUUUUACCAGGAGAACUCUUCUGCAAAAGACACCUCAUCCAGUGAUGGAGACCCUCGUAGCUCUGACAAGGAAGGCUCCACUGAUGAUGAGUCACCCUCCUCAUCCUCCUCAGACAUUGGCAGCUAUCACCAGAAGGCAGCAGGAGCUGUCAGUGAGUGCCCAGCAGAGGUCAAAGCCACUGCCCUGCCCCACAAGCUCCGCCUCAAGUACAGAGCCCUUUCUAAUGGAACAAUGGGAGCGUUUAUGGAGGGACACGUGAACACCUCCAUGUCCCCCUCUCCCAAUCUGCCUCAGCAUCCUUACCUAGCUCUCCCCAGCAACCCUCACAGCACCCAGGCCAACGGGGAGAGCAAAGAGGCGGAAAAUGACACUGACUUUGCAGAGCAGCUCAAGCAUCAGAUGAAUGAGAGGAUGGAGGCAAAAACGGAGGUGGGGAAGAAGGGAUCCAGCAGUAGCAGGAGUGGGCGCAAUAAGAGGCGCGAUUAAGGACAAAUAGGAGCAGUUUUAUGCCACCUUAUUGUUGUGUACAGUUUAUAGACAACUACAACUCUGAUUCACAUCGCUACCUUUCAAGGACUAGAAUACCUUUGUGAGGUGUAGUUUGGAUGUGAGAUCACCAUCACACUUCACUGUGUCAUCUGUUCCCUUUUCCUAUUCUCUUUCAUACCUUCCACCAAUCCCUUCAAUCAAAAUAAUAUGUCAAUAAACCACAGAGGGGACAGAAUGUAACUCUGCAGAGCUGGAGCCUGGGAUACGUCCCUUGAAGACAUUUUUAACAUUAUUCAAUUCUCCAUUAUUGUGACCAGCCUCAGUAGCUGGCCAGCACUUACUGUGGCAUUAUGCGAACAUUCCUUUAACCAAAGAAUUCGCAUCCUUCCUUUAGCAUCUCCCCUUGUUUUGCCAAGAGUUACAUUCUUCCUCUCAGUAACUUUCAUAUGACACCUUCUUAAACAUCUGCACACAAGCUCCCCUCACUUCUGAAGCACUUAGAUUGUAUAUUACUGUGACAUAAAUUUGCAUAUAUGGAAUAUAUAUUUUAAGAAGAAAAUGUGGCAAAAAUGAAAAAAAAAAAAAAAAAAAAAGAACAGUUGGAUUUGGAAGUGGUGGACUUAAAAGUGACAUGUUUGUUCCUGUUCAGAUACAUUGUACAGUCCCUCUUUGUUUAGAAAUGCCUCAAAUUUUCUUUCGACUAAAACUGAGAGCCAGUAAAAAAUAAAAAAUAAAAAAUAAGAAUAAAAGGAAGAUACUCUUUUUCAGGUUUAUGAAUCUGAUCAAAGCCUCGUUCAGGUGAUCUGAGCUAUUUGACACUCAAAGCUGUCAAACGGUCAAGGCCAGUGAAAUGCAUAUCAGUCAAGGCUUUGCAGUCACACAUUGCUGUUGGCAAAACAUGACAAGCACAAGGCAAGCCUAGUUUGCCUAUAAAAUCUCAACAUCUUCAUUUCCAGACAACAGUUGUCUGUCUAAUAAAUGAAGUGGCCCUCUAGUUGCAUACCGGCAACGCUGCUCUCUACAUAAGGUGCCUCUUUUUUUGUGUUGUCCCUCGUCCCAGUUUGGCCAAUGUCUUAAUGAUUCCACUCACGUCUGCACUGAGUUGUUUUAGCUACAGUAGAUCAUACAGUCAUUCAAGUUUAACUGUUUCACUUCCUGGUGCCUGCCUCUGGCCACUUUGUAUAAAUGUAAAAUUGUCUCUUUAUCUCUUGUAUACUGCUGUCAUUAUUUUAUUAUAAUUUUAUUAAUAUUGUUAUUUUCUAUUAUAUUUGGUUAUCAUUUUGGCUAUUAUUAUGUUUAUUUUUUGUUGUCUUGUUGUGUCAUUUUGUGCUAUGCUCUUCCUGGUUGUGCUGUGUAUUUUCCCAUUGUCCCCUGACCCCACCAUUUGUACUCUGUGUUACCGUAUAACCUCUGUUGUUUGUCGAAAGGCUUUUUGAAAAUGGAAAAAAAUCAUGAGUAAGGCUUGUCCAGAAGUGAUAAUGUAUUUUCUACUUCAUGUGGAUAUGCAAAUGGUUACAAAAAAACCUCAUCUUUGAUUUUUUGAGAAUCAAAAUGGGGGAAAAAAUAAAAAGGUUGUUGAAUUCA